CCCCCGGCCCCGCUGCACACCCCGCGGGGGAGUCGGACCGAGGCGCACGGCCGCCCACGUCUCCAGGUCGGCGGGGUCUUCCGCACCACACCGCGGGGCGGGGCGGGGCAGGCCGGGAAGGGCGGGCCGCUAAGGUCGUCGCCAAGGUCGUGGGCCGGACGUGAGGCGCCGGAGCGACGCUGCGUGCGUGCGGGACUCGGAAAAGUCACCAUGUCUAUUCUCAAGAUCCACGCCAGAGAGAUUUUUGACUCUCGUGGGAAUCCCACCGUUGAAGUUGACCUCUACACCUCCAAAGGUCUCUUCAGAGCUGCUGUGCCCAGUGGUGCCUCAACUGGUAUCUACGAGGCCCUCGAGCUCCGGGACAAUGACAAGACCCGCUACAUGGGGAAAGGUGUCUCAAAGGCUGUUGAGCACAUCAAUAAAACUAUUGCACCUGCCCUGAUUAGCAAGAAACUGAACGUCGUGGAGCAGGAGAAGAUUGAUAGACUGAUGAUCGAGAUGGAUGGGACAGAAAAUAAAUCUAAAUUUGGUGCAAACGCCAUCCUGGGUGUGUCCCUGGCUGUCUGCAAGGCGGGGGCCGUGGAAAAGGGGGUGCCCCUGUACCGGCACAUUGCUGACUUGGCUGGCAAUGCUGAAGUCAUCCUGCCGGUUCCGGCUUUCAACGUCAUCAACGGUGGUUCUCAUGCUGGCAACAAGCUGGCCAUGCAGGAGUUCAUGAUCCUGCCCGUUGGUGCGGCCAACUUCAGGGAAGCCAUGCGCAUCGGAGCCGAGGUUUACCACAACCUGAAGAAUGUCAUCAAGGAGAAAUACGGAAAAGAUGCCACCAAUGUGGGGGAUGAAGGCGGCUUUGCGCCUAACAUCCUGGAGAACAAAGAAGCUCUGGAGCUGCUAAAGAACGCCAUUGGGAAAGCCGGCUACACCGACAAGGUGGUCAUCGGCAUGGACGUAGCUGCUUCUGAGUUCUUCAGGUCGGGCAAGUAUGACCUGGACUUCAAGUCCCCCGAUGACCCGAGCAGGUACAUCACGCCUGAUGAGCUGGCCAACCUGUACAAGUCCUUCAUCAAGGACUACCCAGUGGUGUCUAUCGAGGACCCCUUUGACCAGGAUGACUGGGAAGCUUGGCAGAAGUUCACUGCCACCGCCGGCAUCCAGGUGGUGGGGGAUGAUCUCACUGUGACCAACCCGAAACGGAUCUCCAAGGCCGUGGGCGAGAAAUCGUGCAACUGCCUCCUGCUGAAAGUGAACCAGAUCGGCUCCGUGACCGAGUCUCUCCAGGCGUGCAAGCUGGCCCAGUCCAAUGGCUGGGGCGUCAUGGUGUCGCAUCGCUCUGGGGAGACCGAAGAUACCUUCAUCGCUGACCUGGUGGUGGGACUUUGCACCGGGCAGAUCAAGACAGGGGCACCUUGCCGAUCUGAGCGCUUGGCCAAGUACAACCAGAUCCUCAGAAUUGAAGAGGAACUGGGUAGCAAGGCUAAGUUCGCCGGCAGAAACUUCAGAAACCCCCUGGCCAAGUAAGCUCCAGGCGGCGCACCCCGAGUCCUGCGGUCCUGAGUCGGCUCAUUAGACCUCUGCUCCCCCCGGGCAGCUCGAGGCCCCCAGCCGAAACUGGCCGGGGACCCUGCGAGUUAACUGCCCCCUCCCCUCCCUGUGAUGUUCUCACUGCUUCCUUAGAACUGCCGCAGAAGCCAAACUUAACCAUCUGGAACCUGCUGGAAACCCUAACUCUGUAAUCGUGUCAUUGGCCCAAGUCAUUGUUUUCUCACCUCACUUCCACCCAGUGUCUGGAGUCACGUCUGUCUACUUUAUAAUCUUGAGGUGUCCACAGGCGAAAUCCCCAGUGGUUUUGUGUGCAGAAUAAAAAGGCCUCAGUGACCCAUA